UGUGAGGCGAGUUGCUUGUUGAAUCUCGUGCACAUGUCAGUCAGUAGUAAAGACACACUUGAAGUAGUAACAUGUUUCGAAUUAUCAAAUGUAAAGAAAGCUUAUCACCACGACUGUUCAGUCGGGCCAAACAUACAGGCAAGGUAAUUGCUAUCCGUCGCGAAGAUCAGUCAGUAUGGGAACGACGAGCCUCUUUCAGUCCAGCAAUGGUGAAAAAGUUGAUCAAAAACGGCGUUAAAGUGAUAGUCCAGCCAUCUAAUCGUCGAGCCUAUCCGAUGCAGGCCUAUCUCAACGCUGGUGCCACAGUUCAAGAGGAUAUAAGCGAAGCAUCAGUCAUUUUUGGUGUCAAACAGGUGCCUGUAGAUGCACUAAUUCCUCAGAAGACCUAUUGUUUCUUCUCCCACACCAUUAAAGCCCAAGAAUCGAACAUGCCACUACUCGAUGCUUGCUUGGAAAAGCAUAUCCGUUUGGUUGACUAUGAGAAGCUGAUGGACCGUAACGGAGCCCGCUUAGUAGCUUUCGGUAAAUAUGCCGGAGUUGCUGGUAUGGUUAACAUUCUGCAUGGUCUAGGUUUACGACUGCUAGCUUUGGGUCACCACACUCCAUUUAUGCACGUGGGUCUAGCACAUAAUUAUCGUAACUCUUCGAUGGCACGACAAGCUGUGCGUGAUUGUGGCUAUGAAAUUGCCUUGGGAAUGAUGCCCAAAUCCAUUGGACCACUGACGUUUAUUUUCACCGGGUCUGGAAAUGUGUCUCAAGGAGCGCAAGAAGUAUUCCAGGAAUUGCCGAUUGAAUACGUUCCAACGGAAGCACUGCGAAAAGUAGCUGAACAUGGUAGUCAAAACAAGUUAUACGCCUGUGAGGUUAGUCGAGCUGAUCAUCUGGAGCGACAAGAUGGUGGUGGAUUCGAUCCCGUAGAAUAUGAUCAGUACCCAGAACGGUACAUUUCAACAUUUAACAAGACUGUUGCCCCAUAUGCCUCGGUUAUCGUGAAUGGCAUAUAUUGGGCUGUCGGAUCCCCAAAGCUAAUCACUAUUCCCGAUGCAAAAAAUCUUUUGAGACCCGCAAAUACUCCAUGGUUACCGACAAGCUCAGGAGCACCAGCCCUUCCGCAUCGUAUGCUUGCAAUUUGUGAUAUUUCUGCGGAUCCUGGUGGUUCAAUUGAGUUCAUGAAUGAGUGUACUACAAUCGACACACCGUUUUGUUUGUACGAUGCUGAUCGCAAUAAGGAUAUGAAGAGCUUUAAGGGUCCAGGUGUGCUAGUUUGUUCUAUAGACAACAUGCCUACACAACUACCGAGAGAAGCGACAGACUUUUUUGGCGACCUUCUUUAUCCGUAUGCUCUAGACAUCUUACAGAGUGAUGCCUCUAAACCACUGGAAGAGCACCACUUUUGCCAACCCGUGGAAGGCGCAAUAAUUUGUAGUAAUGGAAAGCUGACACCAUCCUAUGAAUACAUCAAUGAACUUCGCGAAAGUAACAAUAGAUCAAGACACAAGACUGAAGGUUGCUCUACAAGCAAAAAGCGAGUUCUAGUUUUGGGGGCAGGUUUUGUUUCUGCACCUCUUGUUGAAUAUUUGCAUCGUGAAUCUAACGUUAGUAUAAAAGUGGGGUCUCAAAUUAAGGAGGAGGCCGAUCGGUUAGCUUAUAGAUAUGCUGGAAUCGAAUCGGUUUACAUUAAUGUAGAAGAUGAAAGUGUUAAUUUGAAAAACUUAUGCGAAGAAAGUGAUAUCGUCAUUUCAUUACUACCGUAUUCUCUACACGGAUUGAUCGCCAAACACUGCGUUGCUGGUAAAACCCAUCUAGUUACUGCCAGUUAUUUGAAUGAAGAUAUUAAACACCUUGAUGAAAGCGCGAAGGAGGCUGGAGUAACGUUAAUGAAUGAAGUUGGGCUGGAUCCCGGCAUUGACCACCUUCUUGCUCUGGAAUGUUUCCAAGAGGUGCAAGAGAAAGGCGGUACCAUCGAAUCGUUCGUAAGUUUCUGCGGUGGAUUACCAGCACCAGAACAUUCAGACAAUCCAUUGCGGUAUAAAUUUUCAUGGUCACCUCGAGGUGUUUUGCUCAACACAUUGUCAGCGGCUAAAUAUUUGAGUAAAGGUCAAGUGGUGGAUAUUUCGGGUGGAGGAGAAUUGAUGACUGCUCCUCGAGAAUUAGAGUUUUUACCUGGUUUCGCACUGGAAGGCUUUCCGAAUCGGGACUCCACAAAAUACAAGUCACUGUAUGGACUAACCAAUGUCCAUACACUACUAAGAGGGACAAUUCGAUAUAAAGGAUUUUCUGAGAGCAUUAAACCAAUGCAACUUUUGGGGUUGAUUGAUCCUAACGUUCAUCCUAUGCUACAUCCCAAGGGCCCUGAAAUUACCUGGCGACAGUUAAUUAUCAAUCUGCUAGGUUUGGUGGAUGCUGACAUUUUCUAUGAAAAUUUAAAAAAUAAAUUGGCAGAAAGGGUUGGUAACUCUGACGGAAUCAUUGAGCUGGGAUUGUUGGAAGAUACUCCUGUGUUCAAAAUGGGUACACCAUUGGAUACUCUCAGUCACUAUCUGUCGAAAAAACUAGCAUUCAGUGACAGUGAACGGGACUUAGUCAUCUUGAGGCAUGACGUUGGCAUUCGCUGGAGUGAUGGACGGCGAGAAGAACGGGGCAUAAAUUUCGUAGCCUAUGGGCAACCAGCAAUUAAUGGUGGACACUCAGCAAUGGCAGUGACUGUGGGUUUUCCGGCGGCCAUAGCAGCCAAAAUGAUUUUAGACGGUGAAAUUCAGCAACGUGGUGUGGUGCUUCCUUUUUCAUCGGAUAUCUACCGAACGAUGCUCGCACGAUUGGAGAACGAAGGUCUAGUUGCAACAACAACAUCGAAGUUUCUUUGAAAACCUGAGCGUGAACAGUUUAAAUUAAUAAGAUUUAAUUACAAGAUUUAUUUCAAGUGCAAAUAUUGCAACCAUCUCACAGCUUAAAAAGUGAAUUACGGAAGGCUUAUGUUGUAUCAGCAUAUUGUGUUUUGUAUGUCGUUCAGAAUAAAACUUCUAAACCCUCA